CUUUGUUUUCAGGGUCGCGCGUGCCCUUCCGACUGCACGCGCUGUUUUUAAAGCCUCGCAACUGAUGCGUGAGCGUCGUAUGAGCAGUGAUUUUGCGGCUGUCGUCUAGGGCGCGCCACAAUCUGCUGCACAGGUCCAAAGCCUGGCGGCGGCGAGGAGAGGAGAGCAGCAGAGAGCAUUGGCUAGCAGUGCCAACAGCGAUUGACUCCUAGAGCUACACGUUGUCGUAAGGUUCGCGACGGCUGCUUUACUUCGACUCGUACGGCGAACGGCAGUGUUGCGUCGCAUAAGUAAGCCAGCAGCACUACAUCGCCCAGCAGCGCUCCUCACCAGCGACGCGAUGAAGCGUGCGGCCAGCCCCAGCGAGAACGAAGCCGUGGCGCAGCGUCUCAAGAAGGAAGCGGCGGCGGCCGCGCCAACGCCCGCGCCGGCAAAGGACAACGGCGAGGUCCCGGAGGGCUUCAUGAAAUUGACGGAGGGCAGCGCGUCCAUGCUCUACGAGUGCCGCGCGGAGGACACGAAGACGCGGGGCAAGGGCAAGGACGACGGCCCCGUCUUCUACAACAAGGUCCAGGUCUUCAACCGCGACGUGUCGGUGCUCGUCAUGGCGCUCUUCGCGCAGUGGCGUUAUAUUGAGAAGCGCGAGCGCCAGGCCGGCGCGGACGCGCGCAAGGCCGGCGGCGACGGCGCGGCGGCGGCCGAGGCCGAGCGCGCGCGGCUCUACGCGCUGUCCGCGGCGGAGCUCGACGAAUUAUUAAGGGAGGACGCCGCGACCGGUGGUUUAAGGGUGCUCGACGCGCUCGCGGCGACGGGCUUGAGGAGCGUGCGCUACGCCAAGGAGGUGCCCGGCGUCAAGAAAGUGAUAUCGAACGACAUCGAGGCCGAGGCCGCCAAGAAAUGUCAAGAGAACGCAACCAGCAAUGGCUGCGAAUCAUUAGUCGAGGCGGUCUGCGGCGACGCCGUCGCGCACAUGAUCAAUAGCAGAGGGGACCCCUACGACGUCAUUGAUUUGGACCCCUACGGGUCCGCGGCGCCGUUCUUAGAUGGCGCCGUGCAGGCUAUUAGUGAUGGCGGUCUCCUCUGCGUCACGUCCACGGACAUGACCGUAUUAUCAGGAGGCUACCCCGAGGUUUGUUAUGCGAAGUACGGCGCGAUGCCGACCAAGGCUAAACAUUUACACGAGUACGCGCUGCGCGUGUUAUUACACGCCAUCGAGGCGUCGGCGACGAGGUACGCGAGACAUAUCGUGCCCGUCGUCUCGUUAUCGAUAGACUUUUAUAUUCGCGUCUUCGUGCGCGUCUACAAGUCCCCUUCCAACGUCAAGCACACGAUCGGAAGGCGGGCGCUGGUAUUGCAGUCGGCGGGCUGCCCGUCGUUCUACCUCCAGCCCCUGGGCUCGCCGACGCAGCGCGACGGCGGCUAUACGUGUGGGCGGCUCCACGAGCCGCCCCGCAAAAUAAAUCAGAUGGGCCGGCGCGCGCAGCGGCGCGCGGAGGAAGAAGAAGCGGAGGACGAAGAGGAAGAGGAGGACUUCGACCCCGAGGCGGUCGCGCCGGCGCGCUGCGCCGAGACCGGCGCCGCGUUCAAGAUCGGCGGGCCUAUCUGGAGCGCGCCGAUCCACGACGCCGAGUGGGUGGCGGCGGCCCUGGAUAGGGUCGCGGCGGAGUGCGACGAGCACCUGUCGACGACGGAGCGCAUCCACGGCGUCUUCACGGCCGUGUCCGAGGAGCUCAUGGACGUGCCGCUCUACUACACGAUCCCGGACAUCUGCAAGACGCUGCACUGCGCCGCGCCCAAGCUUUGUGAAGUAAGAGCGGCCCUCCAGCACGCCGGCUACCGCAGUUCCCAAUCGCACCGCGACCCCGACGCUAUUAAAACAGACGCGCCGCCCAGGGUAUUGUGGGACGUCUUCCGCUGCUGGGUCAAGAAGCACCCCAUCGCCGCGAAGCGCCUCGAGGACAAGGACUCGGCGGCCGCGAAGAUCCUGUCCGUCGAGCCGAUCUUAGAAGCGAACUUCAGCACGACGGCCGCGCUGCGCCAGAAGCAGACGAAGGCGCGCCGCUGGGCGCCGAACCCCGAGGAGUACUGGGGGCCCAAGGCCGCGGCGCGCGGGAAGAAGAAGGCUAGAAAGUGAGUAAGAAGAGCGUGUGGUU